AUGCCCCCGAAAAAGGCAGAAGCCCCGAAACCGGCUCCUUUAAUUGGACGAUUUGGGACCUCUCUGAAAAUUGGAAUCGUGGGAUUACCUAAUGUCGGGAAAUCCACCUUCUUCAACGUGUUGACCAAAAGUCAAGCUGCUGCAGAGAACUUCCCCUUCUGCACCAUUGACCCAAAUGAAAGUAGGGUCCCUGUGCCCGAUGAGCGCUUUGAUUUCCUCUGCCAAUACCACAAACCAGCCAGCAAAGUUCCUGCUUUUCUGAACGUUGUGGACAUUGCCGGUCUGGUGAAGGGAGCUCACUCGGGACAGGGACUUGGAAACGCCUUUCUCUCUCACAUCAGUGCUUGUGACGCCAUCUUCCACAUGACUCGUGCAUUUGAUGAUGAGGACAUUAUCCAUGUGGAGGGCAACGUCGACCCCGUGAGGGACAUUGAGAUCAUCCACGAGGAGCUGCGACUAAAGGACGAGGAGAUGAUCGCUCCCGUCCUCGACAAGCUGGAGAAAACGGCCGUGAGAGGAAGUGACAAGAAACUCAAACCUGAAUAUGAUAUCAUGAUGAAGGUGAAGAACUGGAUAGUGGAUGAGAAGAAACACAUCAGAUUUUACCACGACUGGAACGACAAAGAGAUUGAGGUGUUGAACAAAUACCUGUUUCUGACAUCCAAGCCCAUGAUCUACCUGGUGAACCUCUCAGAGAAGGAUUACAUCAGGAAGAAGAACAAGUGGCUGGCAAAAAUCAAAGAGUGGGUAGACGCUCAUGACCCCGGUGCUUUGGUCAUUCCUGUGAGUGGAGCUAUCGAGUCCAAACUUCUGGACAUGGAGGAGGAGGAGGAGCGGAACAAGUACUGCGAAGAACAGAAGACACAGAGUGUUUUGACCAAAAUUAUAAAGGCUGGUUACGCAGCACUACAGCUGGAGUACUUCUUCACAGCGGGACCAGACGAGGUGCGAGCGUGGUGCGUCAGGAAAGGGUCCAAGGCCCCCCAGGCUGCAGGAAAGAUCCACACCGACUUUGAGAAAGGCUUCAUCAUGGCCGAGGUUAUGAAGUUCGUUGACUUCAAAGAGGAGGGCAGUGAGAAUGCAGCCAAGGCGGCCGGGAAAUACAGGCAACAGGGCAGGAACUACGUCGUGGAGGACGGGGACAUUAUCUUUUUCAAAUUCAACACACCCAACGCCCCCAAGAAGAAGCCAUGAGAGCGCACAGUCAUCACAGGGAGAACUCAGAAUACAUUUUUGCUUUGGCCCCAAAGAGCUACACUGUCUGCUGGUUUUCAUGUUUCUCUGGUUGAUAUCUACUCAACCGGCCUCCACAGUCUGAGCUAGAGUCUAUUGGAAUGACACUAGAUAAUAAAUGUACUAGUGUAAGAAAAACAUACAUUCCUUCUGCAGGUUUUUAAGCGAUCAUUAUUUGCAGUUUGACUGGUAGUGCAAAUUUAGUCUAGAAAGAAAAGGUGUAUACAUGCCUUUGGAAAUAGAUAACUGAUUUUACUAGAAAUAACCUGACAACACGCUGCACAUCAUUUUAUCAUACUGAUGCAGUCCAUGUGUUUUCAUAUGAAUCAGAUCUGUUUUAAAAGAGCGCAUACCUUUUCUAGAUGUGUUUCAUAGCUUUAGCCACACUGCAUUAAGAGGCUACAGAUUAAUUUGUUGCUUUCUGUCAUUCAUUUGAAUUCCUCAGAUCUGCUUGAAUGUCAGUCAGUUUAAACUAGCUUCAUGACCUCUGACAUCAGGCUCCCUUCAAUGGGUUACUGAUGACAGGUGUGCUCAAUCUGUUUAUUAGAUCCCAUGACAUUAAAAAAACUUGCAAACAGUUUUCCAAUGAGUGAGAGUAAUAUAAGGCAUGUGAGGUCUGCUACGUGAACCUAAUCGGCAUUACUUGAGUAAAUUUGAGACUUGAUUAGAAUCUAUUUCUCUCACUUCCUCUAUGCCUUUCCUCAACUUGAACUGAUUUUUCAAAAUAAAAGUUAAAAUACCUGAGACUUAUGCAAUGAUGCUAUAAAACACUGUAAAAGGAUGUUUGACUGAUAAGAGAAAAUGAAAGCCAUCACUCAGUGUACACCUUUAGGCCAGUAGUGCACUGUAUUGUGAAAUCCCUAUUUUUAAUUUAGAGAGAGCAGAGCAGGCGUCCCCGUCAAUGCCUGAACUGAGAAUGUUGUUUACUGCUUUUAUUGGGUUUGUUUGGGCUGGUUAAAAUAAUAAAAAAAUCUGACUUUACAAUAUGAGCUUUCUCCUGCGUAACAAGACUCUGCUUCAUCUCUGCAGAUCAUCUGGACUGUACAGCUUCUUGCACCUCUCCUCUUUGCGUUCUCAGUGUCUUUAUUUUCAAGAGCACCAAACAUCUUUCCAAACUGUGGACGAAGCCAGAUAUCCUGUGAAACUAAAGGAUCCACAGUAUAUUAAAGGUCAUCUUCAUCAUCUGUGCAUGUGUCAAUAAAAGGAGACAAACCUAUC